GUCCCCGGGAGUUUCCGAAAUCCACACUCGGUGACUUCAGCUGAACAAUGGUUAACAUGAGCGAUCACCAAACUCUACAAAAACACACACAGACCCUGAAUAAAAAACAGCCGCGAAAAAGAAAUACUAAAAAGAAAAGGAACUAUUGGGAUAAUAUAUCACCGACAACACACAUUCAAACUUGAUUGACAAGAGGCACUUUAAGGUCUGGUGUGCUAGGUGUGUGAGCAUAUCGUAUUGUGUCUGUGGAUAGUGACUGAUUGGUGCGAUGACUGCGGAGUGGCUGUACCCCCCUGGCGUGGGGCCGUUGUGUGGUGCAGAGUUGGAGGCGUGGUAUGAAGACCUACAGGAUAUACUGGGCUCUGACGCGGGUGGGGCCAAACUUACACGAGCCCCGCCUUGCUCCGAGAAAGAGCCAGAGUUUUUGGAUGUUUUGGAGAGCUGCUCGCUCACCUGGUUAACCGAGGGGCAGGUAUGGGGAGACGGGGUGCAACGGGUUAUAGAGGAACCCCCAACACCAAUACACCCUCCAACGGCCUGCGCGACUCCCCCUAGACCGGAGGAGAGGAGAGAAGGCGAUGCGGUGAGCUCGUCUGGAGGAGAUCUUCUGCCACCGGAGUUCUUCGAGCUCCUCAGCGAGGGAGGUGUCGGGUUUGUCGAAACGGGUGCGGUGAUGGUCACCGGCAGUUACCACAUCCCUCACCGUCAGCCUCCAUCCCCGGCGGCUAGCGAGGAGGAGGAGGAGCUCCCAACGGUUCCAGACGCUUCAUCGUGCUCUUCGGCAUCCCAAUCGCCCUCCCUCAACUACUCCCCAACCGCCUCCCCUCCCCCGUCUCCUCCCGUCAGCGUCUCCUCACGGCUGGGAAAAAGGAAGCGAGGGAGCGACAGAGGAACGCUAGGCUCCCCGUCCCCUGGAAAGAAGAGCAGGAGAGAACGCGAGCAGGAGAACGUAAGAAAAGUGCAAGAACUGACGGACCAGAAUGAGCGUCUCAAAGCGGAGAUCGAGCGGCUCGGAGAGGAGGUGCAGAGAACGCGCCGAGCGCUCAUCGAGAGACUCGUCAACACCAGGAGGUGAACGAGGAGCAAAGAAAGAGAUUUAGAGAGAGAAGAGAAUAGAGGGGUAGGAGGGCAAGUGAACAAUUGGUGGAAAUUCAUCUUGCGGUGACCAUGAAAUGCACAUUCACGAAGACCAAAGGAGACUAAAGACACGUGUUACGAGGGGGGAGAGAGAGUUGUCCCACCAAGAGAGAACAGAGAAAGUCAGAUUAAGCCAUAGCAAAAGACAAGACGGACCCCCGCGUCAGGGGUAGAGUGAAUCUCACCAAAACUGGGCCAGAUUUCUAUCCAAAUUCAAGACAAAUUAUUGCACAAAGAAAACCUUUGUAAUAACAGAUGCUUUACUGAGAAUCUCAAUAAAUUCAGAUUUCUGUAAUUCGGUCAUUUUUUCAGUAUUACAGUAUAAAAAAAAUACUUUUAAAUUAAAAAAAUAAUUAUAUUAAUCUGCAUCAAGGCAGUACAAAAAAUAUUAUGGAAACAUUAAAAAAAAUACAAAUAAAAAAAAAGGACACAAUUCAUCAAAUUUGGGAAAAUAGUAGAUAUCUUUAAAAUUAUAUUAAUACUCUAAAAUCUGAUGGAAAAAUGCAUGUUAAUGCAUUAAUACGAAGAACAAAAAAUUCAACAAUGAUGUAUAAAUGCAUUAAAAUGCAAAGAAAUGUAUUUUUAUUAUUAUUAUUAUUAUUAUUAUUAUUGCAUGAUGAGUAUUUUGGGGAGAAAAUGCUAAAUACUUUAUUUUCGUUGAAGCUAAAUAUAAAAUCUAUCUUUUGAUUUUUUGACCCGGGCAUGUUUCAUUAGAUUCCUCUGGCAAUAUUGUAAAUUAAAUUAAAUUUUGUUGAAAGAAACCAAAUUCUAAUUUUAAAACCAUUAGAGACAAUAUUAUCAUGACAAAUAUGCACAUUUAAACCCCCAGGAAAUGAAUAUUUCCUGUUUUAUAGUAAUAUAUACACAUACAUACCAAACAUAUUCCAUUAAAAAUAAUAAUAAUAAAAUUAAAAUAAAUAAAUAAAUGUAUAUAUACACACACACACACACACAUACCAAACAUAUUCCAUUAAAAAUAAUAAUAAUAAAAUUAAAAAAAUAAAUAAAUGUAUAUACACACACACAUACAUACA